AUGGAAUCUGGCCGCAUCGCCGCCCUUGCCAGGCGUGGCGAGGGCCUUGUCCACGAGUAUGUGGUGGCCGCGCAGAAGCUUGUUGAAGUCUUCGAGAACGCCGCCCUGCACGCCCCCGAUGCACCUCCACCUGCUGCUGCUCUGGAAGAUGUCAAGGCUAUUGUGGUGCGGGUCCAGUCCCAGCUGGAGGAGACAUGCAGCCAGCUGACGGCGGCGAUGGAGGCUACUCCAACGCCAGCAAGGGCUGGUGAUGGUCAUGGUGCUGUGCAGAUGGUGGGAUUGAUGCCGGGGGGUACUGGGAGUGGACAAGCUACGCCUGGGGCCGGCCAGGCGGGCAAGGACGGUCUCGCCAAUCAGGCUGCUCACACGGCAGAGCUGGAGAAGCAGCAGGUUCGCGCGCUGGCUGUUAUCGAUCGCCUGCGCGACAUGCAGCUGCAUCUGGCGAGUCUGGCCAAGCCGUGACAAGCAUAGGCGCGAUGGAUCAUGAAUGGGCUUUGUGUCUUGGGGGCUACACUCGAGCUACUGGGCAGGCGCGCUGGCACUGGGCAAGCCCCCACCUCGCCAUCGCGGAGAAGCGUGAGCGUGUUGCCGGUCUCGAUGACUGUCUGUAGCGCCUCGUUGAGCUCGACACGUUCCUGGUCCGACGAAGUGACGCAAAGCUUGGCGUGGACGAGCAUAACGAGCGGCGGGAUGACAAAUACGGCGGCGGCGAGGGCGGCGACUGGGACCAGCGACGAGGUGUCAUCGAUGAGGUAUGCCGAGCCGGCGGCGAGGUUAACCCCAACGGUCGACGCAGCGAGACCGAGCUGGGCAGAGUUGACCCGCCGGCUGACGUACGACGGCCGCCAGGCGAUGGCGGUGACGUAGACUAGCGACAAGGCAAUGUAGACAACAAGCAGGACCGCGAUCUCGUCAAAGAUGAUGACCGAGACUGAGACUAGUGUAAGCUUGAGCGCGUGGAGCAAGAUGUCUGUCAGGCGGGUGUUGACCCGCUUGGUCAUCCGGUGCAGCCGGAACCGCUUAAGAAGGAGCACGUCGGCACCCCAGUUGAGCGAGAAGGCCGUGGACACGGCCUCGGGUUGAAAGUCGAGUCGGACAAGCCGAAAGGUGAGCGGGAUGUACAGAGCAAGCAUCCCCGUCGCGCCAAGUAGCAUGUACGUGUGCGAGCCUGUAAAGCAGGCUUGGCUGGGCGCCGCCGCCACCUCGCCAUCGGUGCACCGAAAGUUGGCAACGAGCACCCGCAGCAGUGGGACAAACAGAAUGUCAGCGCAGAGCCAGGUGAGCACCGCCCCGAUCUUGUGAAGCCGGAACCGUCGGAAGCAGAACGCGAGCGUAAAGAGCAAGAGCCCGCUC